CGCUUCAAUUAUUAAGGUAGGACCGUAGGUAGAUAGUCCGCAAUGCGCUAGCCGACUGGCUUAACGCUGGAAACGUGCUGAGAGCUUCCGUCAGGGCCGACUAUAAAGAUAGGCCAAGAUGUUACUGAGCAUCAAGAAGUUAUGGGCAAUUCUGUAUUCGAUCAAUCCUUCUAGUGUUAGUUAUCUUCUUCUUGAAUUCCUCCGGCUUACGUUAUCUUUCUCAUAUUACUUGAGGACUCGUACUUAGUCCACCCAAGAUAAAAGGGAAUGGGCCUCUCUGCUGGGACCGCUAUAAGCCUAAUCAGCCUUAUAGUGAUGUGUGUUCCUGGACUGUGGUUUUUGAUAAGAAACAGGCAUGCCUUCCUCAGGACAUGGAAUCCACAAUGUCAGAGGUUUCAUUUUAUUUUCUCUCGAUUUUCCUGUGCCUGUUUACUUUCCUUCCUUCCGUGCUUGCAUCGUUCUACCUCCCUGCAAGUUCGCACGGUCUUACUUAUUUCUACCAGUACUACAACCGACGCUAAUCUUUUCUCUCAUACCACAGAUGCCUAUCAACGAGAAGACGAAGAACACAACGACUACGAUGCUCCACGAAGCCACUUCCGUGAUAUCGAAAAUAGAAACAUCGUCCCGCGCAUUCGUCCGGCUAUUGGCGGACUAGCUGAACAGCGCCAACGAAUCCUGCUCUCACUCGAAUUACAAUUCCAGAGUCUGACCACAGACUCUUCUCAGUUUCCUCACACCCACAACGUCUCUAGCAGAAGAACACCUCCUGAGAUGAUUGAAAACUCUUCUUCCGUUUGUGUAAGCGCAUGAUCGAAGCCAUGUGCUACGAAUAAUUUGGUGGGUUUCAUUACAGACGUGGAGCCUCCACCAUGCUUUGGAAGGUACAUAUAAAAGGGGAGGAGCACAGCGAUAUGGUCACGAUUCGUGAAAACACCAAUGGCGCUCGUGGUGACUACAUGUUUCGCGACAACUGUCCUCCUUCUCAUCAUCAUCAUCAGUUUGAUCAUAAACUGGGUUUUAUGUUCGCAUAUACACGGCAUCACAGCAGGAUGUUCUCCAGUUGGAAUACUUGGCUCAUUCGUGGUUCUAUAGAGCUUGAGGGCACGCACUGGCGAAGAGACAUCUUUGGGGUACUGUAUUCGAUUCGAGACGCGUGUCGUCUAUAAUUCUUGUAUCACAUUAUCCGAAAUAGAUCUUCUUUAUUGUUGUCUAAAUAGAGCGAAAGUUUUGGCCUAAGAACAAGGGUAA